UAAAUUAAGACAUGGCAGAAGCAGCUUUUCACCCCCCAAGAAGGAAAAGAAGAGUUUUGGAGUCCUACGAGGCUCCCUUUCCCGUGGAUGUGGGGGGGAAGGAUUUCAGACUCUGCCAGGCUGAGAUCAUUAACAACAAUGUGAUUGUGAGGAACCCCAAGGAUAUUGAACAGCUCUACAACAAGGGCUAUUUUGGAAAAGGGAUCCUGUCCAGGAGCCGGCCAGUGUUCAGCAUUUCAGAUCCUCUGCUGGCAGCCAAGUGGAGAGGUGUGAAGACAAACAUGCCCAUAAUUACAUCUCAAAAGUACCAGCGCCGUGUGCAGUGGGCUCAAAGUGUCCUGCAGGAGCAGGGCCUCGACAGCUGCUCCAUCACCAAAAUGCUGGAGAGUUACACCAAACCCCUGGGGCUGCCCUUCCGCGGGGGGGCUGGGGCUGCACAACCUGGGGCCAGCUGCAGCAGAGGGGGCCCGGGAAAUGCAGAGCUGUGCAGGAAAUCUGCUGGCAGCGAAGGAGCACAAAGCCCUGAGCAUCAGGAGGGACGCUCCAAGGAGGGAGAUGAUGCAGCCCUGGAUCGUGGGAGUGGCUCCGGGAACCAGGAACAGGGCCAUCCCAGGGAAAUGGCUGAAGGGUCCUGCCACAGCGACCCUCCUGUGCUCUGGGGCUGCGAGGGGAAGCAGAGCCCUGAGCAGAGCGCUUGGGAGGGGAUGGACUCAAGGGAAUGUGCUCCAGAAUAUGUGCUGGUGCAAGAGGAGGAAGAAGGCAGCUCCUGUGCUGAAGGUGACUCCACUCAUGCGCAAGAGAAUCUUGUCAAGAAGGAAGUACUAGUAUGCAGAAAAAACCCAUUUAGCAUUUUUGAGUACUUACAACUCAGCCUGGAAGAGGCUUUUUUCUUGGUGUAUGCUCUGGGAUGUUUAAGUAUUUAUUAUGGUGAGGAGCCCCUGAGCAUCGUGAAGCUCUGGGAAGUGUUCAGUGAGGUGAAGCCUGAUUUCAAAACCACCUACAUGGCCUACCACUACUUCAGGGGCAAGGGCUGGGUGCCCAAGGUGGGGCUGAAGUAUGGCACGGAUCUCUUGCUGUAUCGGAAGGGGCCCCCGUUCUACCAUGCCAGUUACUCUGUCAUUGCUGAGUUGGUGGAUGAUACUUUUGAAGGUUCCCUUCGCAGACCCCUCAGCUGGAUGUCCCUGUCUGGGCUGAACAGAACAACUGUAAAUGCUUCCAAGGAGCUCAUGCUGUGCUACUUGAUCAGACCUUCUGACAUGACUGCAGAGGAGAUGUCAACCCCAGAGUGCAUGAAGAGAAUCAAGGUUCAGGAGCUGAUCGUGUCCCGUUGGGUUUCCUCCCGUGAGCGCAGCGAGCAGGAUGAAUUUUAACUGACUGCACAAGAAAACCUCACCUUUUAAAAACCAUUUCUUCUUGUUUUUUACCUGAGCUCGUGAUGAACUGUUGGCCCAGAACAUUCUCCACCAACACACUCGCUUGGUGUGUAUAAAUGCUGUUUAAAAUGA